CAAGCGGCAUGUCUAAACGCGACCAUCGUCGACCUUCAAUUGUGGCUUAGCCGUUCGUCGGGGGUGUGGCCUGCUGCACGGUGUGGCAUCUACAAGUACACAGUAACGGUAAGGAUGGGAAUAAUCGCUCACGAUACCUUUUUGACAGCUGAAGAGGGAAUUGUUUCAAUGGAAUGGGCUAAUUACGGCGCUUUUGCUGUCCUCCUCACGUCUCAGAUGCAGAGAGGGGGAAGGAAUCGCGAGCGCUUUGAUUUCCUGCGCUCAAUUCGACCACCACCAUCCACCCAUGAACGUGUGUUAACAACAGCAAGUCUUUCGCGCGAGCGCUACCAACGACCAUAUUCAGAAAGACACCGUAAUUACCUCAGUCGCAGAGACACUCACUCCCGCGAAUUACCGGCUAUUACUCAUUCAUCACUGCCGUAUGUGUGUACCCGGGGGGGUCACUUUCGGUCGUCGAGCGAGCAUCGUUUAGAGUUUGUGCCCGACGCCACACAGGAUAGCUUAAUCCGAAGGGGUCCCACGUUGCUCGCGCGCGGAGUGAGGCUGAUGGUUAGGCUAGCCGAUUUGGAUGGGCGCCGGCCGGGCCGCAGGAGCAACACAGCACUGCACUACCAACUGGUCGAUGGUGGUAAUGAUGAGUAACGACAUACUUGGUGGUGCUUGAUUGAUUGACGGAUCUUGAAACUUUUUUGAUUCCAGACAGUGUACGCAAGGUUGUGGCGCAUGCGGUUUGAUCGUCUGGAGAUACAAUGCGUGCUGGUGGAUGAGAGGCUCUUGUUAUAAUU